AUGCGCUUUGCCCGUUCUCUAGCCCUGGUUGGGCUUGCUGCUGCUGCCGUUCAUCAGCACCCUCUUAUUUGGCGGAAGUCAAGAAAGGUACAGCUAGGAGUUCAAAUGAUCGAACGAGGGGAGUAUGCCGCUUUCGUCGGAUACCGUAAUUCUCUACGGGCCGCGAAUCUCGCGAGUCUUCCACAAGCGGUAUCCGAUUAUGGAGACUACGAGUACGUUGGUAACAUCACCAUCGGCACACCCAACCAGCAGUAUUGCUCGUACGUGCUUGACACGGAUCAGGCACAAUUCGGUUACCAGAGACGCUUGCGCAGUUCUCCAAUAAGAAGGCAAAUGUUGUGGCGUCGCGGGUUCCUCAAGUACCCUUUGUGGUCAAGCACAACGCAGUGGACAAGAAUUUUCCCCCACAUAUGGCAAUAUGGUGAUGUAAGGGGGAGUGCUUGGUACCGAUACUGUCAAGCCCAACAAUUCCAGUUCGGCGGAUCCAAAGAACAGCAGCUAGUCGUUCCAAAAACCACUUUCGGAUUGGCCACCCACAUCUCAUCUGACUUCAAGGACGACCCAACUGACGGCAUCCUCGGUCUCGCCUUCACGUCACUUGCCCUGUCGACGGUGGUGGGGUGUGCAAUGCAAUCAAUAGGAGUACUAAUUACUACUCAGUUAGGAAUUUUGGUAGUUGCUGAAGAUGUGUCACGAUUUUCAGAUGGCCGCCAUUGGCAUGGGAUCUUACAAGACCACCAAGACAUACGAAGUGAUCCUCUGCACACGGUAAUUUUCAUUGCGGGGACACUAAGUCGCGUCACAGAUCAGCUGGCUGCGGCUGCUGGAGCUAAGGCUGGAAAUAACAAGUGCCUCUUCGCCAUCUUCCCGUUCGAAUUUGGUGGUUUUGGUCCGUCAUGGAUUCUUGGCGAUCCAUUCAUCCGCCAAUUCUGCAACAUCUACGACAUUGGACAGAAGCGAAUGGGAUUUGCACCCUCGCUACAGAAGUAG